AUGAAUAGGAAUCUUAAACUGACACAGAUAUUUGGACAAUUCUAUGUUCUAUUUGUGUUGAGUUUUAUAAUGUUCAUGUAUUAUGAUAUCUAUCAUGUUUUUUAGCCAAAUCUUUUAGAAUGGCAACAUCACGCUUUUUCAAAUCUAUAUUUUAUCGUUUUCAAUCUACUAUUUAUAAUGUUGUUUUGGUGCUUAAUUAGAACUAUGAUAUCUGAUCCUGGCAAAAUUCCUACAUUUUGGGGAUUUUACUUAGAUGAUCCAGAACACAAAAAAAGAAGAUAUUGCUUAAUUUGUCAUAUUUUUAAACCUGAGAGAUGUCAUCACUGCAGUAUAUGUGGAAGAUGCGUUUUAAAUAUGGAUCAUCAUUGUCCUUGGUUAAAUAAUUGCAUAGGAUUUUAAAAUAGAAAAUUUUUUUUCCUCUUAAUUUUCUACGUAAAUGUUGCAGUUUGGUAUAUCUUAGGUGGAUUUUUACCCUUUGUAUGGAAAAUAUUAAGCAAUUUAAGCGAUUUUAAAGUUGAAAAUUUAUGGGUGCUAAUACCUUUCUCAAUAUUUAUACCAUUUUCUAUUGUCAUCUUUCAAUUUUUCCUUUUCCACUAUCGCUUAAUUACCAGAAAUAUGACUACUUUAGAAAAUUUGGAUAGAGAAAGAAAUAAAGAACCGUUAGAUGCACCCUCAAAAUAUGAUCUAGGAUUUAAAUAUAACUGGGAAUAAGUUUUUGGUAAAAAUUAAUACCUUUGGCCUUUUCCAAUUCACGGGGAGUCAGGAAAACCAGCUGGUGAUGGAGUUACUUACAAGCAUCGUAACGAAAUACAAGAAUAAAAUGUUGAAAUGAAAGAAAAAUCUGAUAUAAGUAAAAAAACAAAUGAUUAGUUUGAGGAAGAUAAUGAUCAUGACUUAUAAAUGCAGAAAAACUUUAUUCCCCCUUAAUAUAAAUAAAAUCAGCGUCUUUCGACAAAUUAGCAUUAAACCACCCAAGGAGAUGAAUAAAGAGGAUAUAAUGUCUAAUUUAACAACUCUUAAGGAAUCAGCAAUUUAAAGUUUAAUUAAACAAAUUAAAGUGUAAUGAAUUCAACAUUAGGUAGAAAUAACCAAAUUAAUGUAAAUCAAUCUUAUAAUCAAACUCAAAAUAGUACCCAAUUCAAUAAAGGAAAUUUAGAUAAUUCUUAAAACCAAUAGCUUAAUUAGAGUAGCAAUUAAAACACAAGUAGGAAUAUGAAUAAUCAUGUCACUCAAAGUUUUAAUGGAGUUGUGUAAUUUAAUAAUCCUAAUUUAUUGUAAAAUUAGCAGCAAAGAGCUAGUUUUGUUGGUUAAGCUUGA